AUGGACGUUGACACCCCUCCACCACCAUUCGCUGUCAAAGAGGAGGAAUUGAGGGAUAGAAAGGGAGGACUGCCACCAUCACCAUCUGCAGAGUCCAUGUCUUCAUCUCGCCGCCCAUCAUUAGCUACUCCCCACACAUCUGCAGGACCAUCUAGCCGUCCAAUGACAAGCUCAGGAUCAUCUGAGAGACCAAAAAGGAACGGAGAUGGUUAUUGGAAAAUGAAAGAGGCGGAAACUAAAGCCCAAACUGAUCAACCGUUUGAAGUGAGAGAGAAUACCGAGGCAAGUCCAGUAGUACCACAUUCAACAUCCGCCGUCACAACAGAACAAGAUGUGAUCAUGACCCCACCCACUCCUGCUAUUCCUCUUGAAUCGAAUCCUAUCUCCAUUCUCAAUCCUCCUGCGACCGCACCGGUACCGAAAAAGAGAGGUAGAAAGAGAAUCAGUCCUCCUCCACUCAUGACCACCAAAGGAAUCAGUCUGGUUUUUCGUAUGCCACCGAAUGCAACUCCCGGUCCUAGCGCUACACCUAUGGGAACAGGUACACCAACAGCUGCAUCAGGCUCUAGUAAUCCUCUUCAAGGAAGUAGAGCAAGUACGCCAGAUCAUAGAAGUAAUGCAUCAGUUUUAGGAGAUGAUACUGGGUCAAAGAAGAAACGGAAGUCAGAGCCAACGAUCUCCACUUCCCGUCUUACAAGAGGUAGACCAUCACCUCGAGGGACACCUUUAUCCGGAUCCCCGGCUCCUGCUAAUGGAGCGCUCUCAAUCUUCGCACCACCACCUCCAACUGAUUCCUUACCGGAAGCUAUACAAUCAUCCUUACCUGUAUAUCCCGCUGAUUCAGAAGCUACUGCUGCUGUGGACGCAGACGCAAUACGAAGGGAUGCCGCUGCUGGAUUUGAGUCCAGACUGAGAUCGAGGUUGCCAAGAAGAGACGGCGGAGAGAGAACGGGAGUUUCAGCUAGUGGGAAAGACGUUAGAGUUGGAGGGACUGCAAGAACAGCUGAGAAAGCUCCUGUGGUGAUACCGGCUGGAAAGAAAAAGGGCAAAGGGAAAGCGGACGUCGAAAUUCCAAAUCAAGAUUUUUGUUCUGCUUGUCGUGGCAUAGGUCGAUUCUUGUGCUGUGAUGGAUGUCCAAGAUCGUUUCAUUUCAUGUGUCUUGAACCGCCAUUACGGAUUGACGAAUUACCCGAUGAAGAGACAUGGUACUGUAAGAAAUGCUCAGCAGAUCGGGAGAAAGAGCUGAAACCUGUUCCCAUGGUCUUCAAGCAACUCACCAAGAAGGUAGAAGGGGAUAAUCCAGUACAAUUCAGAUUACCAGCUGAUAUACGGACAUAUUUCACCGGAGUUGGUACCGCUACAAGAGGAGAGUAUGUGGAUGCUGAGGAGGCCCGAACUAAAUUUGAUCGUAAAGGUUUUCAAGAAGAUCGAGAUCCACUUCGACAACGAGAUGGGAAGAAUCGACCUAUUGCAUGUUACGUUUGUGGUGGAUCAUCUUUACCGAAUCAUUCGUUGAUCACUGAUCCGGAAUCAACAUGGAGACAAAUUGUUUCUUGCGAUUAUUGUUCCCUUUCUUGGCAUUUGGAUUGUUUAGAUCCACCAUUAUCGAGUAUGCCUAAUUCGGGUAGGAAAUGGAUGUGUCCAAAUCAUGCUGAGCAAGCUCUGCCUCGACGCCGGACAGUCCGAAACGAUUUGGAAACCAUCGAUAUCGAAUCACGACAUCAACCGAAUAAUGGUAAUAUUGUUAUUGUACCUGAACCUGAACCUCCAAAAGGUCCUAUGUUAGAUUACGAAGAUUUAAUCAUCAAUCGAAAGAAAUUCAGAGUUCCAGAGAGGAUCAUUAGAUUGGACUUUUGGGAAAAAGUCAUGCAAAAAGGUGGUGCUAUCAAACCUGAUAACUUUUCUGAUACCACUGCGGAUUCCCUUGUUUCUCUAAGUGAAGAGGAUAUGGAAGCUGCAAAUCUUGUACUCUCCCUUCUUCAAGCUCCAAGCCGCCCCGCUAACAAUCAGCCUGUUCCGAGAAACAACGACAUCGAUAAUGUGGAACAACCCAAUUAUGCUCCGACGGGUCCAACCGAUCCUUCUUCUUCCCCUGCUACCCCACCUCAACCCUUACCUUCAACUCCUGCCAAAUCUUCCAGCGGAGGAAAACAACCCAAGAUUGUUCUGAGGAUGCCUGGUCUAGCGAAUGGAAAUGGUGCAACACCUUCUAAAUAG